AAACUUUACCAUAUGUUUAGAUGCUCAAUUGGGACAUACCAUAAUUCGAGUGUCAAGAGAGAAAUUUAAUGGCAAAGUUUACGAGGACGUCGAUGUAUUCUGCCAAAAUUAAAAGAAUUUAUAGUUGCUAACUUUUUCUUAGUGAAGUUACAAAAUGGACCGUGGAAACUACCAACGUGGUGGCGGCGAUAACACCGGCAGGGGUAGAGGUAACCGUGGUCGUGGUGGAAGGGGUGGGCCCCAAAUGGGUUCAUUUCAGCCUCCACAGCAAUGGGGGAAUCAGCCAAGGGGAUCGGGUCAAUAUCAGUUUCGUGGAGCUCCGCAUAAUCAUCCGGGUCGUGGUGGUACUUGGGUCAACCAACCGGUUCAACGCGGUGGUCCUGCUUGGUCACGACCACCACAGCAGGGUAGUGGCGUCCCUAGCACUGCUUGGGCCCGACCUCCACCGCAGCAGCCACAUCAACAGGGUAGUGGCGGUGGAGUAGCUACUGCUUGGGCCCGACCACCGCCGCAGAAGAGUCAGGAACUUGGUGGUGGAAAUCAGCAGCAGCAAGUUGUGGAUCGUCCUGUUCCUCAAUCUUCUGAUGUUGUUCAAGUUGAUCUGGGGUCCCUGAAAAUUACAGAACCAAGUUCAUCAUCCCUUCCAGAAAGUUACAAGGAAAAACGUGUACCUGUCGCACGACCUGAUACUGGAAAUAUUGCUGUCAAGUCAAUUACGCUGCUUGCUAAUCAUUUUCCUGUUAAAUUUAAUCUCCAGACUAUCAUUAUGUAUUAUGAUGUGGAUAUUCAACAGCAGGCCGAUGAGAAUCGGCCUGCGAAGAAGUUAACAAACAAGUUUGUUCUCCAUAUGAUAAGAGAAAAGUUGUGUGCGGAUAAGCCUGCUGAAUUUCCUAGAGAUAAAACUGUAUAUGACGGUAAGAAGAACAUUUUCAGUGCUGUUCAACUUCCUACUGGGUGUUUCACUGUGAACUGGUCUGACGGGGAUGAUGCUAUGGAACACUCUUAUGACGUUAUCAUCAAGCUUGUUGCUGAAUUACAGCUUUGGAGGCUGAAUGAAUAUAUGAGUGGAAACCUUACGCAUAUUCCUCGUGAUAUACUACAAGGAAUGGAUUUGGUUAUGAAAGAAAAUCCUUCUAGGAAAAGGAUUUCUGUAGGUCGUUGUUUCUACUCUAUGAAUGAUAAAAAAGACAUUGGUUACGGGGCUGCUGCACAUGAAGGUUUUCAGCAGAGCCUAAAGCCUACAGCAGGAGGGCUGGCGUUGUGCUUCGAUUACUCAAUCUUGGCACUCCGGAAACCAAUUUCAGUGCUAGACUAUCUGAGGCAAUGUCUUCAAAAACCUAACGAAGUUACUUUCAUGAACAACCAUCAAACUGCACAACUUGCAUUAAAGGGUUUGAAAGUCACAGUAAUUCAUCGUCGUACAAGCCAGAAGUUUCUUAUUAAGCAGCUAACUGAUCGCAAAACUAGUGAAAUUACUUUUCCCCUUGAAGAUCCAGAAGGCAAAAAUCCCCCAAGGGACGUUCUUCUUGUUGAAUACUUCAGGGAUAAAUAUCAGCAGGAGAUUCAGUUCAAGGAUUUUCCUUCAUUAGAUAUUGGAAAAGGUAAUAAGAAAAAUUAUGUCCCGAUGGAAUUCUGUGUCUUGGUUGAGGGGCAACCGUAUCGUAAGGAGGGUUUGUAUAUGUCACUAGCUCGACCCCAACAGAGAAGGGACGCAAUUUGUAAAAUGGUAGAGGCUGAAGAUGGGCCGUGCGGACGUUUCACCUCUAAUUUUGAGAUUGAAGUUGAUAGCAAGAUGACCAGUGUUCUCGGUCGUAUUCUUCCUCCCCCUGAUUUGAAGCUAGGCAGUGAAAGUCGACAUCAUGUGAAUGAUAAAUGCCAGUGGAACCUUGUUGGGAAAUCUGUGGUGGAAGGCAAGGAGAUUCAACGAUGGGCUUUGAUAAAUCUUAGCCAUAAGAAUCACAGGGACUUGAAGCGACAAGUUGAUGUAUUUGUUGGCCAAUUGAAAGAUCGGAAUUUAAAGUUGGGUAUUAAAAUGGAAGAACCUGCCGUAAAACAUUUCAGACACAUGGAUGAACUCUGGACAGUUGGUACGGUUGAAAAACUCCUCAAUGAUGUAGUUAAUGAAGCUGGCCAGAAAAACAAGGGUGAACUUCAAAUGAUAGUUUGUGUUAUGGCAUCAAAGGAUAAUGGAUACAAAUAUCUUAAAUGGGUCUCAGAGACCAAAAUUGGCAUUGUAACCCAGUGUUGCUUGUCUUCUAAUGCCUACAACAAUGCAAAGGAUCAAUUUCUUGCAAACCUCUGUUUGAAGAUUAACGCAAAACUUGGAGGCAGCAAUAUGGAACUUAUGGAAAGACUCCCUAAUUUCGGAAGUGAAGACAAUGUCAUGUUCAUUGGAGCUGAUGUUAAUCAUCCUACUGGCAGGGAUCCCGACAAAUAUCCAUCCAUAGCAGCUGUUGUUGCCACCAUCAACUGGCCAGCUGCUAAUAAAUAUGCCGCUAGAGUUCGUCCUCAGAAACACAGGACUGAGAAGAUUCUAGAGUUUGGAAGCAUGUGUGCAGAUCUAGUAAAUACUUAUGCUCGACUCAACUCGGUUAAACCAAACAAAAUUGUUGUUUUCCGUGAUGGUGUGAGUGAGGGUCAGUUUGAUAUGGUACUCAACGAAGAGUUGAAUGAUUUGGUAGAAGCUAUAUACGACAGUAAUAAGUAUAAACCAGAAAUCACUCUUGUUGUGGCUCAGAAGAGACACCAUACACGACUAUUUCCUAAGGAGGGAAAUGUCCCUCCGGGUACUGUUGUGGAUACACAAAUUGUUCAUCCUUUUGAUUUUGACUUCUAUCUUUGCAGCCACUUUGGACAGUUGGGUACUAGUAAGGCAACUCACUAUUAUGUUCUAUGGGAUGAUAAUGGUUUCAAUUCUGACAGCUUACAAAAGCUUAUAUACAACUUGUGCUUCACUUUUGCGCGGUGCACUAAACCUGUCUCACUUGUUCCACCAGUUUAUUAUGCAGACCUUGUUGCUUACAGGGGACGGAUGUUCCAAGAGGUGCUUAUGGAGAUGAACGCUCCUAGCUCUACAACUUCAUCUGUUUCAUUUGAACAAAGUUUUUAUAAAAUGCACAAGGAUUUACAGAACAUAAUGUUUUUCGUCUGA